GGAUGUCCGCGGGAAUGCACCUGCCAGUCAAACUUCUUCGACUGCAGCUACAGGGGACUGAGCAGGGUGCCUCGCGGGCUGCCACCCUACGUUGAGAAAUUAGACCUACAGGGAAACAACAUAACGAACAUCGGGCAUGGAGAUUUCAUUGGCCUCCAUUCGCUCAAAAACUUGUAUUUGAUGGACAACCAAAUCAUGACAGUUGAGAAAAAAAGUUUCGAUUCUUUGGUGUCUCUUGAAAAAAUGCGACUGAACCGAAACAAACUGACAACACUACCAGAAAACAUCUUUUCGCGGACAACCAAUCUUCAAAAAUUAGAUCUCAGUAACAACAUGCUGAGGGCGAUACCAAAAAAGCUGUUGAGGGGCGUGCAAGUAUUGAAACAUUUAAAUCUGGACAACAACGCCAUCUCGUGCAUUGGACACAACGCAUUCAAACAUCUCAAAACUUUGGAAGUCUUAACACUAAACAGGAACAACCUGACGACCCUGAAUGAAGAGAGUAUCUCACAAUUGCACAGCCUCAAAAUUAUAAGACUUGGUGACAAUGAGUGGAGGUGCGACUGCCGCCUGACCUGGAUGUCGGAGUGGUUGAGGUCUCACGUCUCCACGGCCCUCCUCACCAGGUGUCACCACCCACAGCAUCUCAAGAACGUCCAAGUCAUUGAUCUGCAACCAUCAGACUUCUAUUGUGACGGUUCGGAAGACCAUGCCAUGGACUGCAGCAAACAACCGCCCACCUGUCCCGAGGUUUGCUCGUGCACCAACAACGUCACCCACUGCCAGGAGAGGGGCCUACGUGGACUUCCCCAAAAUUUAGGGGGGGACAACAUUAUGGAGUUGCACUUGGAACAAAAUGUCAUAACAGAAAUCCCUUCAAAAGCAUUUAUUGCACUCAAAAAUGUUAUCAGACUGGAUUUUAGUAAGAACUCGAUUGUAAAGCUGAUGUCUGACUCCUUUGAAGGUCUCAACAGCCUGACCUCACUAUUGUUGAACGACAAUAAGAUAUCCAAUCUUCCAGUCGGUGUCUUCAAUGGUUUGAAAUCACUGCAGUUGCUAUUGUUGAACGGCAACAAGUUGAAAUGUUUGCGCGGAGAUACGUUUUCGAGGCUCGCCAAUCUCAAUCUGCUGCACACACGCACGCACACACACACACACGUACAAGUGGCACGUAGAGACAAACAGACAAACAAACAAAAAAAAAACAGACAUCUCGGGCGCAACCCGUUCGUAUGCGACUGCAGCAUGAAGUGGCUCUUCCUCUACCUUCACCUCCACCCCAUCGAGACCAGCAGGGCCAAGUGUUUCGGCCCCAAGAACAUGAGGAAGAAAGUGAUCUCCAAGAUUAACAAGGAUCACCUACACUGCCCAGGUUGUGGUGAUGAUGAUGAUGAUGCGAACGAGGAAUGCGUGCCCGACGACGAGUGUCCUGCUGAGUGCACGUGUCACCAUGGACACCAACACGGUGCUGCUGCUGCUGCCGGUGGUGGUGGUGGCGUUCAAGUGGACUGCAGUGCCAAAAAGUUGAAGGUCGUUCCCUGGAAAAUCCCAACAUCCACUGAAGAAUUGAAAUUAUCUGAUAAUUUGAUCGAGACCGUAAAAGUCGGAUGGUUCAACAAACUGAAAAAUCUGAAAAAAUUGGACCUGUGCAACAACAAGAUUCUGUUCAUCGAGGAGGAGGCAUUCGAAGGCCUCAACCAAUUAGAAGAGCUGCAACUGAACGACAACAGCAUUUCUUCACUCUCACCUACAACUUUCAAAGGACUCAAAAACCUCAAAACACUCAUGCUGAGGUCCAACAGGUUGAACUGCAUCAACAACCAGACGUACAGACCGCUCGUCAGCCUUCAGCAUUUGUCGUUCUACGGCAAUCAAAUUCGAUGCAUCGAGGAGGGUUCCUUCGACUACUUCAACAACUUCAUCACCAUUAACCUCCAGUCAAAUGAAUUGAAUUGCAACUGCCACAUUUCUUGGUUCCGUGAUUGGUUGGUCAAAAACAACAACAAACGUGUCCAAUUGGAGGUUCCAAGUUGUUUCUAUCCAGUCAGAUUCAAGGGAUUUCUUCUUAGCCAAUUAAAACCGGGAGAUUUCAAAUGCGAAGACGACAACAUAUGUGACAGAAGGAUGAUCUGCCCCGAACCCUGCAAGUGCCACGGGGGUGAGGUCAGGUGCUCCAGGGCCAACCUUUCCAGCUUCCCUGAGAACUUGCCCACCGAUGUUACUGAACUCUACAUGGAUGUAAACUCGAUCAGCGAACUACCAAGAGAUAUGAAUGACCUCAAGAAAUUGACAAGCUUAGAUUUGAGCAACAACAAAUUUGUAUCCCUGCCAGAGAACGCCUUUGCAAACCUGACGAAUCUCAACACAUUGAUUUUGAGUUACAACAAGUUGCAAUGUGUCCAAGAGACAACCUUCUCAAAACUGCACAAUCUUAGAGUCCUCUCCUUACACGGCAAUGACCUUUCCUCCAUUCCUUAUGGCUCCUUCAAGGACCUCCUGUCCCUCACUCAUUUAGCGUUGGGCGGGAACCCCUUGUAUUGCGACUGCAACUUGAAGUGGUUGUCUGAUUGGAUCAAGGAGGGGUACAAGGAGCCGGGCAUCGCCAGUUGUGUGGGGCCCGACGACAUGGCCAACAAACUGCUGCUCACCACACCUUCCUCCAAGUUUCAAUGCUACGAGAACGCAGACAACAGUGUGUUAGCGAAGUGUAACGCCUGCUACAGUGAGCCAUGUCUGAAUGGAGGAACCUGUCAGCCUGAGAAAAUUCACCAGUUUAAAUGCACCUGUCUGCCGGGCUACCACGGCGAGCUCUGCAGUGGAGUGGUUGACGCCUGCUUUGGCGAUCCAUGCAGUAACGGGGGGAGAUGCAUAUGCCUGGCCGGGUUUGAAGGGGAGUGGUGCGAGUUGAAUGUUGACGACUGCCAGCGACACAGCUGCCUCAACGACGCCACCUGCAUUGAUGGCGUUCUCGGAUACACUUGCCGCUGCUUGCCUGGCUAUUCAGGGGAUUACUGCGAGAGGAAGAUUGAGCACUGCACGGAAUCGAACCCGUGCAUGAAUGGUGGAAAGUGCCUGCCCAUCCAUGCGGGCAGCAGUUACAAAUGCCAAUGUGAACCGGGCUACACAGGAUUGAACUGUUCAGAAGACAUUGACGACUGCCUCUUCCACAUUUGCCAGAAUGGAGCCACGUGCGAAGAUGCUGUCAACUCGUACAAAUGCACGUGCAGUCCUGGCCACCAAGGGAGGUACUGUGAAGUGGCCUACAUCGCCAUGCGAGAUCAGCUGAUGCAGGGAGCCUGCAAACAACACGACUGCAAGAACGCUGGCCUCUGUCUGCCGCAACAACCACAACAACAACAACUAUCUUCAAACAACAACAACAACAUGGAGUAUAUCUGCAAAUGUGCGAAUGGUUUUGAGGGGAAGAAGUGCGAGAAGUUGACCAGUCUGACAUUCAUCGGGGAUGCCGAAUCGUUUGUGGCACUGCCUCCAAGCAUUCUUCUUCCAUUUCCUCCUCAUCAUCAUCUUCAUCAUCAUCAUCAACAACAACAAACUCAACAACACCAUCAUAACAAUCAACACCACCAGCACCACCAUGAACAACUGCGUCCGACCAGUAACAAUAUCACCUUGCAGCUAUCGACCGUCAGUUCAUCGGGGAUCUUGCUCUACCAAGGUCAAGGUGACGUCCACAUGGUGGUUGAAAUUUUCAUGGGCAGGGUGAGGGUGGGCUGGAAUGUGGGCAACAAUCCCACCUCAACCAUGUUCAGCUAUGAAACCAUCAGCGAUGGCAAGUUGCAUCAGUUGGAAAUAGUGACGCACGGCAAGAACCUGACGAUGUUGGUGGACGGAGGAGCUGGGAAGACGAUCAUGAACGAAGGAUCGAUGAACGAGUUGAAGCUGGAGAAUGAGUUAAUUUACGUUGGGGGCGUGGUUUCUGGAUUGAAGGAGGAGCUUAUGAAGAGGUGGCAGAUCAGAAGGACUGACAGUUUCACAGGCUGUUUGAAGAAGAUGAUCGUCAACAACCGACCGAUCGACUUCAGCCUCGUUCAUUCUCAGUUGAAAAUUCAGCCCGGCUGUUUCGAGACUGCCAGCCCUGCCUCGCCAUCGACCCGGUUGGACGGUCCCAGCAACAGUCGAGACCAUCAGUACGACUCACUCCACGACUCACUCCACCACAAUAAGAACAACAAAAUUAAUUACAGCCAACUAAACUUCAAGAAACACAACAACAUCAACAACAAAAACAACAACAACAAAAGCAAAUACAACAUAAACAAUAUUUAUAAUGAUGCAUGUUUCAAUGUGUCGUGCAAACACGGCAGAUGUUCAGCGUUGGACGCGGGAAGGUUCCAAUGCAUCUGCCAGCAAGGUUUCUCCGGACUCCUCUGCGAUGAAGUCGACCUUGACCCAAUUAAAGAUGGAUCACGUGACGAGGACGCCCUGAUGCCUCCGCCGACAAACGUGCCCCGCUUCG